UGGGGUGGGCGUGAUAAUUAAUUAUGAUCCGCCACCACGGCGCGGCGCAGGCUACUCGCUCAAAACUGUGAGGUGCAACUCCCGAUAAAACGCCGUAUGGAAAGCUAGCUUCCUUUGCAAUCCAUCGGCCUAGUAGCGCUAGAGACGAGGCGAGAGAAGCAGCAGUGAGCUGCGGCCAGCCAGCACGAUAUAGAGGAGAGCGGAGGGGGGUCAAGGAAGGAACGGAGAGGAGAAGCAGGGGAGGGCACCAAUGGCGGGUCGCUUCCUCUUGGCCGUCCUCCUGGCGUCGUCCUCUUGGGUCGCUGCGUCCGCCGGCGCCGCGGACGAGGUCAUGGUCCCCCGCCCGGCGGCGGCGCUCACCUUCGGGGAGGGCUACACCCAGCUGUUCGGGGACUCCAACCUCAGGCUCCACGGCGACGGCAAGCGAGUCCACAUCUCCCUCGACGAGAGGACAGGUUCCGGGUUCGCGUCGCAGGGCGCGUACCUCCACGGCUUCUUCAGCGCCAGCAUCAAACUGCCGUCCGACUACGCCGCCGGCGUCGUCGUCGCCUUCUACAUGUCCAACGGCGACGUGUACGAGAAGACGCACGACGAGCUGGACUUCGAGUUCCUGGGGAACGUCAAGGGGAAGGAGUGGAGGGUGCAGACCAACGUGUACGGCGACGGCAGCACGGCGGUCGGCCGGGAGGAGCGGUACGGCCUCUGGUUCGACCCCACGCAAGACUUCCACCGCUACGCCAUCCUCUGGACCAAUCGCACCAUCGUGUUCUACGUGGACGGGACGCCGAUCAGGGAGGUGGUGAGGAGCGAGGCGAUGGGGGCGCAGUUCCCGUCCAAGCCCAUGUCGCUCUACGCCACCAUCUGGGACGGCUCCAGCUGGGCCACCUCCGGCGGCCGCUACAAGGUGGACUACAAGUACGCGCCCUACGUCGCCGAGUUCACCGACCUCGAGCUCCGCGGCUGCGACCAGCCGGCGGCGUGCGAGCCGGAGGGCGGCAGCGCGAUGCCGUCCAGGCAGCGGGCGGCGAUGGAGAGGGUCCGGGCGCGGCACAUGACGUACGGGUACUGCUACGACCGCGCGCGGUACCCGGCGCCGCUGCCGGAGUGCAGGGUGGGCGCGGAGGCGGCCAUGUACCUCCCGUCGGGCGAGGCCAGGUCGUCGGACCGGCGCAGGCACGGCAAGCGCCACCGUCGUGCCGGCGCCGCGGACUCCUCCCUCUGAUCUGUCUGAGGAUCGUUGCUGACUGUGGGCAGCGUGCUCGUGUAAUCGGGUUAUGCCGUGUCAUGUGUAAUGUGAUUUGUAGCUUCAUUGUUGCGUAACUGAGCUAGCAAGUAGCAGUCGGGUUGACCAGUUCAGCAUUUCGUAUCCAUCCUUCGCGGUGCCGGCGCCACACAACGCCACGCCCACACCUAGGACGAGAAUUUGGAGGCGAUGUUAUCUAGGAGAGGGGACCUGGCUGGCAUCCUCGGACUGAAGAAUUGAACACUUGGUCAACCAGUUGGUUGGCACGGGCGGCCACUGAAUAUGACCAAACGAAGGCGACCAGAACGAUUGAACGAGAUCAGCAACUGGGAGCAUAUCAUCAAACAUCAGACGGACAAACAAGACGGCGGCAUGAGUAGACAAGUUGAGAUUCACAGACUAGUCUAGUCGGGACCAAUGAACAACAAUCAGCGGGGCUAUAUUUUCAGCUUGUCUUUUUUUUUUCGAAACGAUAUUUUCAGCU